CCGUUGGUAGUGGUGUGAGGGAAAUCUCAAACUAAUUUGAGUUGGCCAUGGGAAAGACUUUAGAAGAGUGUCACAAGAUCCUUGGCGUGAAUUAUGGCGCAACAGAAGAUGAAAUCAAGAGUGCUUACAGGAAAAAGGCACUGCAGUGUCACCCAGAUAAGAAUCCUGAUGACCCCUUGUCAACACAGAAGUUCCAGGAGUUAGGCCAUGCAUAUCGACAACUGACUGGAGAUGAAGAUGAUGACAGUGACGAUGAUUACAAAGACUAUGACAUGGAUCUGUGGAAAAAGUUUUUCUUCUUUUUAUUCAGAGAUGAGUUCAUCCAAAGAGGUAACAGUAUUUUAACUUUUCCUGUUUGUUGCCAGUGCAGCAGAUGUGUAAGAUCAAGAGAAGAAGAAGAUGAUGAUGAUGAUUUCCUAGCUUCCCUUGUAAAGGAGCAGGAUGAAGACUUCACAGAAGAAGAAAUGGCUCAGUUCACAAGUUUUGCAAACCUCAAAGAGCAGAGAGAGGCCAAUAAAAAGAAGUUCUGUGAUCAGAGAAACCUGUCAAAUGGAAAAAUUAAACAAAAAGGAGUGAAAGGAAAUCAGCCAAAGUUAAAGAAUAACAAACAACUUAAAGCAGAACAAUGGAAACGAGAAAAGGAAAUAUCUGAAAUAGCAGUCCAAACUAAAGGUGUAAAUCAAACUCUACAGCAAAAGCAUAAGGCUUUUUCUAGAGAUUCUAAAACAAAGACACCUACGCAGCAUAGAAGGUAUGGAGAUGACAUGAUCAAGAGAUCAAGUAGCCUAUGGAUGAGUAAUGUGAUAAUAAUGCUACUUUAUGUACUUUGUAGUUUUGAUCAUCUUGGCAAUGUUUACUUUGGUCAAGAGAAAAAUGUGAAAGAACGCAGUGAUAGUGCUUGUAACAAGAGGAAUGCAAGGAAAAAGAAGAACAGGAAGAAAUCAUCAUCAAGACAUCAAGAUGACAAAGAAACAAGCUCCAAAUCCACAACAACUGUUCCUGAGCAGAAAUUUGUUCCAAACGUUUUCAGAAAUGUCACAAUCAAACCAGAAACAACGCGGAGACAAGAUGAACUUACGGGGAGGUUACCAUGUUACACAAGUCAGAGAAGUGUUUCAGGCAAGCAAACUGGAAGAGUGUGGUGCGAGUAUCCAAAAUUCGGCCCCGCCCCAUCCAGACCAAGUUCUGUUACGAACGUGUGGCAGAAAAGACAAGAGAAACAGAUGCUGCUGGCGGAGCUACAGCCUUCUGAUCAAAAUGAUGAAGAAUUACAGCUUCAAAUGGCCUUGGAACUGAGCAAGAAACAAGCAGAAAUUGACGAACAACAAAGAGAGAUCACCUUACUGGAGAGACAGAUGGAGGAAACACUCCAGUUGGAGAAAAAACUUAAAUGUCAAUCCAGCAAGGUAGAGAUUCAAGCCAAACAAGCCACUGUUAUGGGUCAUGACAGUUUUCCACCGCUAGUAGGACAUGUUGAUGAUGAGUGGGUGCUACCUUCGAGCGGUGAGAAUAAGGGCGAAGGAAACGAACAAGAAAAAAAAGACUCCAGAAAAUUUGCUCGCAACAAGGGCGAUGAUGACAAUGGUAGUAGUACUGAGACCUUAGAACGGUGUCACAAGUCCAAACCUGAAUCCAAGAUGGAGCACUUAAGAAAAGGAAGCGUUGAGGCGAAUGGAGUAAAUGAUAGGACAAUGUUUUUAGGCAAGUCGCACUUUCAAUCGCCACAGCUUUGCCGAAGACACGAUUCUGAAACCAAUUCUUGUCCAUACGGGAAAAAUUGUUGCUUGGGUAAGCACUGCAAGUACUUACAUCCGUCAUCGAUUGACAACCGUAAAAGAUCAAAAUCAGGUGAAUUUAAUUUGGGCAGUCAAGAUCAGUGCGAUUCUAAGGUUAUUGACAGGGAUAACAGAUCAGAGCCAAGCAGCUUAACGGGAAAACAAAUGCAAUUAGUUGCGUCCUGUGAAGGGGUGGAUAGAGAAUCGGAACCCUGCUGUGGAUUACAGAACUAUGGAAAAUCAGAUGAUGUCUUCAUACAAUCUACUGGCUUUUAUACAACACAGAAAUCUCGCUAUGUUGGAGAGACGGACAAUCCUAACACCGCGUUGAGAGAGGAACAUAAUCAGUGCGACAUAGGUACCAGUGAAUUUGAGAGUAUAAACCAGUGUUCAAGAUUCGACAUUCCUGUCAGUAAGUCAAAGACAUUACUGAACAACAGGUUUUCGUUAUGUGAGGGGACAACUGAAAAUAACAGCAAUGCUGAUCAACCAGGUCUCUGGAACAAGAAAUACGCACCAACAGGAAAUCCUCAGAAAGAUGCCAAAUGUGGUUCAAUCUUGUUUAAAAAAUCCUCGUCAGGAGCAACAUCAAGUGCAGCCAUUACUGUUACAGCUCCAACUGUGUACGUUGUUGCAGAUUCUCAGUUUCCUUUUGGAGCACCUGCUGGUAAAGGCCUCCACCAAGCAGCUUUGGGGUUACGAUCUAAUGCCAAUCUUUCAAGUGAACAGAAACCACAAAAUUCACCGGGAGCCUUUAACCAGUCUUCGAGUUCGGUUAACAAUAGUGAAAGACAGAUUACAGCAGCCACAACAACAAAAGUAAUGACUCAAAGCCGGAAAGAAACCUCUGCGGGUCCUGGUUCUGGUCCAGGUCCUGGUGUUUCUUUACUUCAAACUGCGUCAGUGUCGUCUGAAAUUCUGCCAAGUCCACGCUGUAGUUCUAGUACUUCUCUGCAAACCCCAGCAGCCAUUCAGACUACGACUACUAAUAUUUUCCCGGUAUUUCCUGGUUUUCCGUUUCUUCCAUUUGCCAGUGUUUAUCCUUGUAUUAAUCCAGCAAAUGCUGCUGCUUCUGCAAGCCUGAUGGCGGGAUCGACAGAUGAAAUAUCCUUUCCAGUGACAUCUGGAACAUCUAGUCAGCAUGAAGGAUCUUUCGUCUCGAACCAAGUAAUACUACGAGCUCACCUAAAGGCUGGUCUCAGUGGUGGGUUGUCACCCUUAGGCCAGGUUCUUCCAACGCAGAAUGCCCCAUCAAUAAUGGCUGCGCAAGGAAGGAGUGAGUUAGUGCCAAACCUAGCGCAGCUCUCCGAACCGGACGACCUUAGUGAGCUCCAGUCUCCAACCUCAAUGCUACUAAAGCCAUUUAAUGUCCCAUUUCCAUUAAUCAACCCUCUAUCAUUUGUUAACAUCAGCACAGGGAUGGCUUUAGGGACACCAUGCUCAGUGCUUCAGAAUGGCUGCCAAACUAGUUCUACCUCUGUGCUAACUGCCCCAUCUCAGGUGCAAGGUAAUGAUAAAACCAGAAAGCAGUCCAAAGUGGAGCAAAAAGGAACGGGUGUUAACACUCCCACGAAGGUGAAACGUGAUUUUGGAAAGGAAGAUGACGCUUCUGCUGGUUUUGGCGGGAAAACGAAGAUGCUUAGAAGACCUAUUACAAUUCCUAUGGUGAUGCAGCAGCAAGCAUCCAAGUAAAUUUAGAGAUUUUCAUACAUUUUGAGAAAUGGCAGUACUUCCUUGGUGAGCAACAGGUGACAAGGCCGCCAUACGAAGCUCGGAAAAUAGUAUCAAGACGAAUCAAUUUCCCAGUCAAAGACAGUUUGAUACAGCUGUUGUUUGAAUUUCGAAAAUAAUAUUAAGUGCAUGGUAAAAUACAUCGAUUGUAUAUUAAGUUUGAAUAUUUAUUGUUGAUAAAUAAUGUUGCAAUUCGUAUUGUCUCUCACGGGAAAAGGCUACUAUGUUAGAAAAUAGAGAUAUUUAUUGACGAACUUCUGAAAACUUAAAUCAGAACAACAGACCAGAAGUAAUAUUUGAUGGUUACCUUGAAAUGACGCUUCGACAGACGCUUGUACUCUCAGAAGGGAUAUCACAACUUUGCAAAUGUUUGGU